AUGGUACUUGAAAAGCUUUUCAUUGUGGUUUUUGUUGUCUUGGCCUUGAGGCCUUUAGUCAUUUACUUCUACGACAGUAAGAAACUACGAAAAUAUCCGAAUCAAAAUCUCCUCUCCGGCGUUACCAAUUUGGCCUCUAUGCGAGAGAGGCUGCGCAGAUUUCGAACAAGAGAAUUAUAUCUUCAGCAUCAAAAACAUCCCGUCAUCCGUGCCGCGCCUAAUAUACUCUCAUUUCGAGAUGUUAAGGCUAUCAAAGACAUCUAUGGCUUCGGGUCGUCUUGCCAAAAGCAUGAAAUGUAUAAACUACAGAACGGCGAGGGACACAUGAACAUUCUGAACGUCAUUGAUCGGGAGGAUCACAAUCGGAAACGUCGAAUGCUAUCACACGCUUUUUCCACCAAGAACCUGGAAUCUUGGGAGUUCAAGAUCACCGAUAAAGUCGAAAAGCUAGUAGCCCAGUUGGAUAGGAGAGCACAUGCCCCGUCAUGGAACAACAGCCCAAAUCAACCGAACACUAGUAUGGUUGACCUCAGAUACUGGUUCAACCUCUUUACCGUCGAUGCCAUUGCCGAUAUCGCGUUGAGUGAGCGACUUGGGAUGCUCGAAUCUGGGUCGGACGUCGUCAAGGUUAGCGGUCCGCGUGAAGAAAAUCGCACACAUCGAUUCAUUGCGGACAUGCACGAAGCAGCCCGAGUGAAGUCGAAGAUUAUUGGUACACUAGAUUGGUACAACGUCUUAAAACAGGUUACUAUCUUUUUCUCCUCGCGCUGCCGUUCGCAAUGGGACUGUGGAGGCAACGUCGGCCAGAUCGUAAGCCACUUGGCUAGCAAGCGAUUGCAACGAUACGAGGAUGGUGAAAGCAUUGAUGAUUUUCUAAGUUGCCUUAUCAAGGAUAAGGCGGGCAAGUCUCGAGAUCUCGAUAUGGGUGAACUCAAGGCAGAAACAAACAUUCUGCUUGAUGCCGGGUCCGAGACAACGGCGAUUGCCCUGACCCACCUACUUUACUAUCUCAUCAAAAACCCAAAUUGUUUUCUAAAGCUAAGGAAGGAAGUGUCCGAAGCCAUCACUGGAGACAAAGUUGCUCCCUACGCCAAGGUGAAAAGUUUGCCUUAUUUGAAAGCCUGCAUCGAGGAGUCCUUACGUUUAUCACCUCCGCUUCCGCGCGGCCUCGAGCGUGUAACACCUCCCGCUGGGGCCCAUAUCAUGGGUGAGUUCAUUCCAGGGAAUGUGGGUGUCUCGGUUCCUGCAUAUGUCGCCCAUCGGGACCCGGAUGUAUUCCCAGAACCAGAAGCCUUCAUGCCAGAGAGAUGGUUCAACAAUGAAAAUAUAGGUAAGAUGCGAGACGCAUUCAUCCCAUUUAGUGCGGGCGGUCGUGCUUGUAUUGGGAGGAAUAUUACCAUGAUUGAGCAGCAAAUCCUGAUCGCCACCCUCGUGUACCGAUAUGACUUCUCUCUCCCUUCGCCUGAUUGGACACUGCAGAAUGAAGAGGCGUUCAAUUUAUGGCCCGUUGAUCUGCCGGUGAAGGUUUGGAAAAGGGAUCUGGAAACAUAG